AUGUCUAGGAGUCUUCACAGACUUGGCCUUCCCGACAAAGUGAGUAACAAGGAGCUGACCAAGAAUGUGGCAGUCUCUCUAUUGAAUAUAAAGUUUUCCUCGUCUCUGUCCACCUCUACAGCUAAAAAGGAGCAGGAUGGUGGGGAUGAAAAGAAACAGGUGCAGAAGAAGAAGGUGAAAGAGCUGAAGGUUCUUGACUCAAAGUCUUCACAGAAUCUCUCUAUUUUCCUGGGAUCGUUCCGUAUCCCUUAUGAGGAGAUCAAGAAUGCCAUCCUGCAGGUUAAUGAGAAGGUCCUCACAGAGUCCAUGGUUCAGAACCUGAUCAAGCAACUGCCAGGACCAGACCAGCUGGGUGUCCUGGCAGAAAUGAAGGAUGAAUACGAUGACUUGGCUGAGUCUGAACAGUUUGGAGUAGUGAUGUCCAGUGUGAAGCGGUUGAUGCCACGGCUUCAGGCCAUCUUGUUCAAGCUGCAGUUUGAGGAACAGCUGAACAACAUCAAGCCAGAUGUGGUGUCUGUGACAGCAGCUUGCGAAGAGCUUAGGAAAAGUGAUAAAUUCGCCAGGUUGCUGCAGAUCAUCCUCCUUGUUGGGAAUUAUAUGAAUUCUGGCUCUCGCAAUGGAGCAGCAUUCGGCUUCUCCAUAUCAUACCUGUGCAAGCUUCGUGACACCAAAUCAGGUGAUCUGAAACAGACACUGCUCCAUUUCCUUGCUGACGUGUGCCAGGAGCAGUAUCCUGAUGUCAUGAGCUUUACAGAUGAGCUCAUUCAUGUCGAAAAGGCCAGCAGAGUUUCUGCAGAGACAGUUCAGAAGAACCUAGAAAUGAUGGGCCGUCAGAUCAAGAGCCUGGAGAAAGAUCUGGAAACCUUUCCUCCUCCACAAAAUGAUAAGGACCUGUUUGCGGAGAAGAUGUCGAGCUUUGUGAGUCUUGCCCAAGAACAGUAUGAGAAACUGGAUCUGAUGCACAAGAAUAUGGAAAAGCAAUACAGUGAUCUGGGAGACUAUUUUGUCUUUGACCCGAAAAAGAUCUCUGUCGAGGAAUUAUUUGGGGAUCUCAACAACUUCAAAAACAUGUUCCAGCAAGCAGUGAAGGAGAAUCAGAAAAGGAAGGAGGCUGAAGAGAAGAUCAAGAGGGCCAAGCUGGCGAGAGAGAAAGCAGAAAAGGAAAAAGAAGAGAAACUCAAGAAGAACCAGCUCCUUGACAUCAACGCAGAGGGUGAUGAAACUGGUAUCAUGGAUGGCCUGUUGGAGGCGCUGCAGUCCGGUGCUGCUUUCAGGAGAAAGAGAGGACCACGUCAAGCAGCCAACCACCGACGAGCUGGAAAUGUGGUGACCAACAUUCUGGCCAAAGAGCUGAUGCAGGAAGAUAAGCCUUCAUCGGGAAAACCUUCUGCAAAAAAGUUAAAGUCAGAUGAUAAAGUGGAGCCAAAACUAGAAGCAGCAGAGUCAUUAGAGGACUUGCUUGAGGCUGCGGCUUCUCGGUCUAAUUAGGUACCCAGGUAGAAGUUUGUUUUUGUUUUGUUUUUUCUUUGUUUAGUUUUGAUUUUUUUUUUUUUUUUUUUUUUUUUUUUUAAAUGCAUACAGCCAGUCUAUCUAAAGUCAGAUUUAUCUUUCUAAGGCAUUCCAGGGGCCAAUAAUAAUCUGCUAUUAGUUUACUGAAUAAAGGCCUGCUUUCUUUUCCAUAAAUGUCUUAAAAGGACCGUCUUUUAAAAUAACAUUGUUUUUUGAGACGACAGAGAGAUGCAGAACUUAAGGGCGGGGCUCUCACCUCAGUUUCAACCUCUGCAUGGUCUUCACCAGCCUUGAGAACUCUGACACUGUCAUAAAGAUUGAAUUGCUUUUUCCAUCACAUGCGCAUAAGGUGUUCAUGUUUUUUUUUCUGUUUCUCUUUAUUUCUACAUCACUCGGUUCACCUGUCACUCAAAGGGCAUCUUUAGCCAUUCCAAAGACUUACUCAGGAGGAUCCACUUUGUUUCUUUUAUCGUUUUUCCCCUUCUUUUUUUUUUUUGGUUAUUCACAGAUUUAGACUGAGAAUGUGUGGAUUUUGGCACAUCCUGCAUCAUCUUGUCAGGAUGUUCCAGCCAAGACCACUUUGCGCUGUUUCUGUUUUUUGUUGAUGUUUUCUGUUUUUAAAGAGAUGAAACAAUUUUCUUUGUAAUUAUUUGAUAUUCCGUAUGUUACUGCUUGUAAUCAUUUUACUGUAUUAUUCAAAGUGCCAACUGAUAGGAAUCCAGUCUUAUCAUUUCACUUCUGGGUUUAAUCCGGUCACAGUUUGCACUGGUCCUGCCUGACACCUCAUCAACAGCAGUUAUCACCUGGGUUUAUAUUUCAGCAUGUUCUUUAGCGAGAAAGGGCAUAGCGCACAGGUGUCCGUGUGAUUAAAGGGAGGGAUUAAUUAUAUAAAGUUGUCUGUUACCAUAUGUGCCCAUAUCAUUUAUAUGAAACAUGAACAUGAUUAUUCACACAAAAUCUAAAGGCAAGAUAGUCGAGAGCAAAAAUGUUCUUCCACAGAGUCCAACCAAAACAAAUAUUGCUUUUUCAGAGGGUGUUUCCAUACACACCCAGCCUGAGGAGUUUACAUGCCUGUGUUUGUAUAUGAAAAAGUCUGUGUGAAGUAGCUGCCUAUAUUUAGUCAGUUUCCUACAUGUGUGUGUUUGUGCUUGUAAGUUUGUGUGUACUGCCAUCUGUAAUUACUGUACGGUACCGACCAUGCUGUCAUAAAUGCUAGGUUUCAUGAACAGCGUUUUGGUCUUUCUGCUGAAGAUAAAGCAUACUGGAAAACUGCCCAAAAACUGCUGAGACAUACGUGUGUGUGUGUGUGUGUGUGUGUGUGUGUGUGUGUGUGUGUGUGUGUGUGUGUGUGUGUGUGUGUGUGUGUGCGCGCGCGCUUGUUUCCCUCCCACUGAACUGCAGCAGUAGUUUUUGAAUGUCUGGCCCCGUUUCUAUUUGUUUUCAGCCAUCAGCAUACAUGUUGCCAUGAUGUUGUGGUGUACUAUUUGACAGGAAUCUGGUGAGAUGAUGUAAGCUGCUCCAUGCAAUAUUUAUUACUAUGCAAGCACAUUAUUGUAGUGCGCUCCCCAGACGUGAUACCUAGUCAGUCUCAGGAUGUACAAACCGCUGGCACACCUCGCACACUCUUGAAUAAACCUGCUGGUUCAAGGUCAGUGCUUCAUGGCAGUGAUGACUGAGAAAAAUCCUUUUAGCUCCAAAACUUCAGCAUUUUAUGACAUCACUAGCAUCGUUAUUCCAUCUUCCUAUAAGAAUGUGCCGUCUUUGGACAAAAUGAUAAUUAAACAUAAUAAAAGGAAAUAAGAUGAAGCACUGGAGCACCUCCAGUGAUGGUGCGUCAUUUUUUUUUAUUAAAUAACACUGAGAAUAACAAAUAGUUUGUUGCGCCUCAUCUCAAGCACAAAUAUGUCGUAGCUGUAUUUAAAUGGUUGACACGGUUGCUGUUUUAUGUCUGCAAUAUUCUGCCCAUGACUUCAAGUGCAUACCUGUAGGUUGAUUGUGUGUAAUGCACCCUGAAAAACAAAUGUUUUUGAAGUGAGGAGCAAGGGAAAACUAGAGGAGGUAAACGAUGUCACUGGAAUAUUUUUGCAAAUUUGAGUUCUUCCUUUUCUCAACAAGUCUGUUUUCUUUUUCUUCUUCUUUUUUUUUUAUUUUAGAUAUUGUUUUCUAUGUGAAUUUUAAACGAUUGAUUAUUUUAAUGUAAUUUUUUUCCCAGAGAUUUCUGUAUGGCUAUAUAACAAUGCACCCAGUUGUCCUGUUUGUUACACUGAACUAUUAUUAAA